GUUCGAAUCCGAAACGAUGUGAAAAUUAUAUGAGGUUUCGGCCGUCGGACGGUUUGCAUCGAGAGAUAUGGAUCGGGAAUGGGGAUCGAAGCCGGGCAGCGGGGGAGCCGCCUCCGCCCAGAAUGAGGCGAUUGACCGCCGGGAGCGGCUCCGGCGGCUCGCCCUCGAGACCAUCGACCUCGCAAAAGACCCCUACUUUAUGCGCAACCAUCUCGGCAGCUAUGAGUGCAAGCUCUGCUUGACGCUACAUAACAACGAGGGAAAUUAUCUGGCUCACACCCAGGGAAAGCGCCACCAGACUAACCUCGCCAAACGAGCUGCCCGCGAGGCCAAGGAAGCACCGGCCCAGCCUCAGCCCCACAAGCGGAAUGUCUCCCUUCGCAAGUCCGUUAAGAUUGGGAGGCCAGGGUAUAGGGUCACAAAGCAAUUUGAUCCAGAGACAAAACAACGGUCUCUUCUGUUUCAGAUAGAGUAUCCUGAAAUUGAAGACAACUGCAAGCCAAGGCACAGGUUUAUGUCCUCCUUUGAGCAGAGAAUUGAAGUAUGUGAUAAGCGAUACCAGUAUCUGCUAUUUGCUGCUGAUCCAUAUGAGACCAUUUCCUUCAAGGUUCCUAGCACAGAAAUUGAUAAAUCAACAUCAAAGUUCUUUUCUCAUUGGGAUCCAGACCUAAAAAUGUUCACGCUGCAACUAUAUUUCAAGAUAAAACCUCCAGAAACUACAAAACCACAGGCUACUCCUGCCCCAGUUGCUAAUGGCAUGACAGCUCCUGGUGAUCCUUCAAGGCCAUUGCCGCCGCCACCUCAAGUGCCACCGCCACCUCAGGCACCACCUCCUGCUGCACCUGCUCCAGGUGCUAACCUGCCUAGGGUGCCACCACCACCACCACCACCUAUGGUUGGAUCACAACCUCCGCCUCCACCUCCACCAGUAGCAAAUGGUCCGCCAAGAUCAAUACCACCUCCUUUGGGCGGUAGCGCAAUGGCUAAUUUCACACUAGGUGUUCAGCCUCAGCCUGCUUUGCAAGGCUUUCCUGGACAACAGAUGCAAGGGCAACCUCCUCGUCCACCACCACCUCCUAUGUAGUGUCUAGCCAAGCUGUAGAUUAUGUUCUUACUCGGCUUCUUGAUCCUAUGAUAGCACGAGCUGAAUUGUUCUCAUUAUGAUAACGAGGAGGUUAUGCCAUUGUUCUUGUUAGUUGUAACAUUAAGAAGCCGUGUGUUAGCGUAUUCUAUGAACUAUAUUCUGAUUUUUAUUUCAAACUCUGAAAUACUGGACAUGUUCAUCAGGGUUGCACCUUUUGACUUGAACAUUUUAGCAUCAUAUGAGAUUUAGACUCAA